UGGGGACAAGCUCUAACAUGUUCCCCAAUGCGGAGGCUGAUUAUAAGGUGCUUUUCUGUCCAAGGUGUUUUCUGUGUGAGGUCUUAAGUAGGUGUCCCAGAGAAGUGUUGAAGGAAUGUGGCAGGAUGACAUCUGAAGCCCCUUUUUUGAGAUACAAAACAACUCCACCGCACAUCCUCAGUGGGGUCCAAGGUGAGCUCCUGGUCGAUCAUGAACUCCCACAAACACAUGACUACAAUCUGAACAUACAACCAGAGGAACAUGCAGCUUCAUCUCAAGAGAAAGACUUCUCUUCGUUCUCUGAAGUCUCCUGAAGUGUGUUCCUGAAAGUAAUCCUGCUUUUGUUUGGAGCUAGUCCUCCUUGAAGACCCUACAAGACGUUGGCUUGUGACUGACAGCGAUGGGUUCAUGGGGUCAAACGCUGGCCUGGAUCUCACUUCCAGUGCUUCUGCUGGGAAUGACCUGCUCAUCACACAGUUCUCUUGUGAAAGUCAAUAAGGGUUUAAAGGUGAAACGGGGGCAGGCAGCCUACCUCCAGGAAGGUGACCUGCAGUUCCAUAUUCCCCAUCAGAAGGAUACGUGCAAGGUGGAGGUGGUGUUAAAUGAGCCCAUAACUCAACGAGUGGGAAAAGUCAUCCCUCAGGUAUUUGAUUGCCACUAUCUGGCUGAUGAGGUUAAGUAUGUCCAUAACGGCUGUCCAUUGUUAAAGGAGGACACUGUCAAGCUUCGACUGUACAGGUUCACAGAGACAGAGACAUACAUGGAGGUGUUUUCUCUCCAUGUGGACAUUAUGGAACCUGAAUGCAGCAUCAUAAAGCUGGGACCUAAAUCCCUGGAGGUUCCUGAAUUCUACAGCCUGUCUGAUCCUGUGGAUGGCAAUGUGGUGUCCUUUCGCUAUGAGAGGAGGUCUAGCCUGGAAUGUAGUGUCCAUUUGAGUAGUCAUGAUACCCACUUGCCAGCUCAUGGCCAACUAGUCACCGGAGAGCCAGAUAAAGCUACAAAGAGAGGGGAUGAGCCAGAGAGCUUCAUCCACCUACGUCAGCAGCUGGAUAAUAAAGAAAGAGCGAUGUGUAAAUCUGAAGACUGCCUGAAGGGUCUGAAGCUAGUGAAGUUCACCAAGAUUCCCUGUGAUGACUUCCUGAUGAUGGGCCUGAGGUAUCAGCAUAUAGACCCUCCAUCUCCAGACGUGGACUACAUUGCAAUCAAAGUGGACCUCAAGGACACCAGGAGUGGCAGCAUAUAUCAGUCUGAGCAGGCUUGGAUUCCAGUGCGGAUAGUUGGUGCAAUGCCCAAUCAGCCUCCCAAACCGUUGUUCAUGUCCAUGUUUAUCCUGGAGGUCGACCAGUUCAUCCUCACUCCGCUCUCCACGGCUACAAUAGAUGCUGAAGAUGAGGAAACUCUCAAGCAGCUUCUGGUUUUCAACAUCACCAAACCCCCCGUGGACGGCUUCAUCACCCAUCUGUCUGAUCACACUCGUCCAAUCUCCUCGUUUACAUGGCUCGACCUCAAUGACAUGCUCAUUGGGUAUCAACCUCCAAACUCUUCACAUACCCAACGUCGGAAUUAUGAGGUGGAAUUUGAAGUUUAUGAUUUCUUCUUUGAGAAGAGUCCAUCGAUGACUGUUCAUAUGUCUGUAAGGAAUGCAGACACCAAUGCUCCAAGAGUGUCUUGGAAUAUGGGUCUCAGUCUGUUAGAGGGUCAGUCCCGUCCAAUAAAGUGGGAGCAGUUCCAGAUUGUGGACAACGACAACCUGAAUGCUGUUCGAAUUAUCACUGUGGACGGCUUGCAGCAUGGACGGCUCACUGUCAGAGGUGGAAAGGGCUUCAUGUUCACCGUCAAUGAUAUUAAAGCUGGCGUGGUUCGCUAUCACCAUGACGACAGCGACUCCACCAAAGACUUCAUCAUCUUCCGCAUUACUGACAGUCACCAUCAGACCCGACACAAGUUUCCCAUUAAGAUCCUCCCUAAGGACGACACCCCUCCGUUCCUCAUCACCAACAUGCUGCUGGAGGUGUCUGAGGGCCAGACAGCUUUACUGAGAGGCUCCACCCUCCAGGCCUCAGACAUGGACUCCAGCGACGACUUUAUUCUCUUUAACAUCACCCGUCCCCCACAGGCAGGAGAGAUCAUGAAAAUCCCAGGACCAGGUCUCACAGGUUAUCCUGUCAGCCACUUUCUGCAGAAAGACCUGUCUCAGUCCAUGGUUUACUAUCGACACCUAGGGAAUGAGGUGUUUGAUGACUCCUUUGAGGUGGUUCUGUCGGAUUUCAAUGACCCACCCAACCUGUCAGAGUCUCAAGUGGUGAUGGUGCACAUAGAACCUGUUCCAGACCAACCACCUAAAGAGGUUCCUGGUUCCAGUCGGUGUCUUGUGAUCAAAGAAACAGAAGUGGUCCAUAUAACACGGCAACACCUUCACUUUGUAGACCAGGAGUCCCCAGACAGUGAGCUUACAUAUACUGUUACUACUCCACCUUUCUACACUGGUUUUCACAGCAGUCCAGAUGCAGGGAGGCUUUUCUUAGUCGACAGCAUACCCAAAUUCACCAAAGACUCCAACGCACCAGUGCUGCGGCUCUUCACACAGCAUGCAGUGAACUUUAUGAAAGUAGCCUACAUGCCUCCAAUCAUGGACAUCGGCCCGUAUCCCCAGUAUAUCCAGCUUGUCCUCUCUGUGACCAACCACCUGGGCAAAACAGUCACCGGGAUCUGCUUUAACAUCACUGUGAUGCCAGUGGACAACCAGCAACCACAGGUUCUUACCAACCGUCUGACUGUAGAUGAGGGAGGGGAGUCCUGGCUCGGCCCUGAACACUUACUGCUGUCAGACGUAGACUCCAUGGAGGAAGCCCUGCAGGUGGAGCUUCAGAGGGAACCACAGCAUGGAGCUCUGCAGCUAGGCGGCCUCCAGCUAAAACCGGGCCGUUCUUUCACUGUGCAAGACCUGAAAAGCCUUAAAGUUAGGUACAAACACGAUGGCUCAGAAACUGUUGAGGACAACAUUGAAUUCACCGCAACUGAUGGUAUCAACCCAGUCAGUUUUGUCCUGCAAGUGAAGGUGAUACCUGUCAAUGACGAGGUCCCGGUGUUGGUCCCUGGUUUGAAAUCAGUCCUCAGCUGUACGGAGGGACAGGAAGUAGUCAUCACAGCAGAGUAUAUCUACGCAACCGAUGCAGACAGCGACAACAACAGCCUGGCCUUCCUGAUCGCCCGGCAGCCGUAUCACGGUGUGGUGCUCCGGGACGGUGUCAUCGUCGAUCGCUUCAUCCAGGCAGACAUCACUGCAGAGAUAAUCACCUACAAACACACAGGACUGGAGAUUGGACUCACUCCUCGCCAUGACACCAUCACCUUUGUUAUUUCUGAUGGAGAAACAGAAAACACUGCUCUGUGCUGCAGUGAAAGAAAUCCCACCAGGACCAGAGGCACGGCUCAGCUCCGGGACAGCCUGCCUGUGUAUGACCUCCAGAUCACAGUGUUCCCAGUCGACAGCCAACCACCUUCACUCAUGACAGGAGAUAUCUUUAUGGUGGAUGAGGGUGGAACUGCCCCGAUAACUGCAUCUCAUUUGAAGGCCUCUGACAUGGACACUGUCCUGGAAGAGCUGGUGGUCAGUCUGAUUUCGCCACCUCAGUUUGGCUACAUUGAAAACAUCCUGCCCAGUCCGGGUUUUGAGAAAAGCAACAUGGGCAUAAGCAUAGCCUCCUUUUCAUACAAAGACAUCAUUGAUGGUCAUGUGAACUACGUACAGUCCAGACACCAGAGGAUGGAGCCCACAGCUGACCAGUUCAUGCUCUGUGUCUCAGAUGGCAAACACAGCUCUGCCCACGUCCCCUUCUACAUUAUUAUUAACCCAACUAAUGAUGAGAUCCCAGAGUUUGUGGCUCGCAACAUCACAGUACAAGAAGGAGAAAUGAAGCAGCUGGACUCAUCAGUUCUACAUGCAAUGGAUCUGGAUGUCCCAAGGGACGCCCUGAUCUUCAGUGUGGUCAAAGCCCCACAGCAUGGCAGCAUCAUCAACCACAGCAGUGAAAAGCAGGCCUACAAGAGACGGGAGGCCAGUCCUCGAUCUGCAGUGGUCGACUUUACAAUGACAGAUCUUAUAAAUGGUAUGGAUUUGAGGUACAUGCACGAUGACUCUGAGAAUAUGGCGGACAGUUUUACCGUCCAGCUGACUGAUGGGAAACACCAACUCCACAGACAAGUGAUGGUUAAAGUGCAGCCAGUCAAUGACGAGGAGCCUCACGUCAUCAGGAACAAUGGGCUGGAGGUGGAGCCAGGAGAAGCCAGGAUUAUAUCCAGUGUUACACUCUUUGCACAGGACGGUGAUACUCCUUCCUCAGAGGUCAUGUACAUAUUUGAGAGUGUUCCAAGCCAAGGACUACUACAGAUUAAGGAAGGUCAGGUCUGGGUGACAGUGACAGCGGGGAGAAACUGUAGCCAGGAGAAGGUGGACAUGAACCUCCUGCGCUAUGUGCACACCGGCCUGCACGGAUCUAAAACACAGGACUUCUUUGUCUUCUAUUUGUUGGAUGGAAAGAAUCAAUCACCACCACAGCACUUCCACAUCUCUGUCAAAGAUCUAGAAAAAGGUAAUAUCGCCAUCUUUGUGAAGCCAGUGAACGUCAGCCGUGGGGAUCGUGUGGUCCUCACCACAGAUGUGCUGUUAGCCACAGACGGCACAGACAAACCUGAGGAGCUUCUGUAUACCAUCACCAACCCUCCUCCUCACGGACACAUCGAGUACAUCAAACAUCCUGGGCUGGCCAUCUCCACCUUCAGCCAGCUGGACAUAGCAGCCAACCUUGUGGCUUAUGUUCAUGACAACCGAGCCAGCACACCCACAGAAACCUUUCAGUUUGUUGUAAGUAAUGGUAAGAGUAGCCGAAAUGGAAGCUUUGAGAUCACAGUGGAAAUGGUGGAUCGCGUCCUGCCGUCUCUGUCCUUCAACAAAGGCCUCUCAGUUCCUCAGGGCUCCUCCAUGAUUCUGGGUCCUGACUGCUUGGCAAUGUCUGACCCUGACACUCCACCCAACGCCCUGAUCUUUGUCCUGCUCCAACCGCCACAGUAUGGCAGGCUGCUUUUAGGCAGUGCCACACUAACUGCUGGCUCAAACUUCACCCAAAAGAACGUGCAGGAGUUGGAGGUAAUAUACAGACAUGAUGGGGGACCAUCGCAGAUCGACCGAUUUGCUUUUACUGCCUUUGACAGCACUAACCGGGGCUUCCUGCUGGAUGGACGGUUACAAACUACACCUGUGUUCUUCACAAUUCAGAUCAAACCUUUGGAUAAAUCGUCUCCUGAGAUCGUGAAACUGCUUCCUCUUUGGAAAGCAGAACUUUUAGACGACGGCCGAUAUGGAAUCUUUCUGUCAUCUCGUGAACUGAAGGCCCAUGACAGUGAUAGCAGAGAUGAAGAGCUGAUAUUCUGCAUCGUUCGUCAGCCUUAUUUUGGUUACCUAGAAAACAUCACCACAGGUGGUUUUGUACCACAGCGCUUCUCUCAGAUGGAGCUGAACAAGAGAACGAUUGUCUACAUCAUCAACCCAGACAGGGAGUCUCUCUCAGACAGCCUGGAGUUCAGUGUGUCUGAUCCUUUGGGGAACACUGGACCUUCUCACAUACUAGAAUUCAGCUGGUCCACCAUGGAGCUGUCUCAGCCUGAGCACUCCGUGUGUGAGGAUCAGGGAACGUUCUCGCUGGACAUCAUCCGGAGCGGAAACUUGGCAGAGUCUUCAUAUAUCACUGUGAAGGUAAAAGAGGUGACUGCAACAGCUGGAAAAGAUUUCCUCUUUAGCGCCUCUUCCCUCAUUCAGUUUGAUCCAGGAGUGUCAAAGAGGAGCUGGCAAACUGAGAUCGUCCAGGAUCACCUCGAGGAGGCUGAGGAGAUGUUUGAAGUGCUGCUGGUUGCCCCUGAAGGCACAGUGAUCGGCAGCAUCAGCAAGGCUCAAGUCACCAUCAGAGAGUCGGGGAGGAAGACAGGAAGAAGAGGACAGUGCCGGCUGAACCCCGAACGAGAGGCUCCUGUUCUGGGAGGAAAAGAGGUUCGGUCAGACACAUAUCCCCAACAUGGAUCCAUUCAACUAGAGAAACUGCCCCUGGGCACAGAUGCAGUAAUCUGGAGCCGUGGAGACAGCAUCUCCAGGCCUGCAGUAAAUGUUCCAAAAAAGAAGCUCAAAGUUACGGGCAACCCAAAGUCUAUUGCACCUUCAUCAGUUUUUCACAACGGGACAGACAUCGUUUACACAUAUCAUGGGAUCAUGCAAAUGCAAGUAGAGGACGACACCUCCCCAUCGAGGAAGGGCAGAAAGGCAAACAUCCGUGUGGUUAGCAGGGGAGCCCAGCGGCAGGCGUCAGCAGCGUUUACUAAGACGAAGACAGAUGUUCAACCAAGGAUCUCAAAACCUAAAACAACUGGACUGGGCAAAGGACAUGCUACAGCUGACAGCUCCACACCAAAGCCCUGUGUGCCAGAACUAAUGGGACUCCUGCAUUUCAACCACAGCACCAAUCAGCUUUAUCACUGCAACGGAGUCUCCUGGAAACCCUGGGCACCUACUGAUCAGAUGGUGAGCGCUCAGAUGUGUCCUCAGGGCUGGACCUUUCAUGGUGGCCACUGCUACACCCUCAGCACCGAGCACAAGGUCACAUGGAGCACAGCUAACAAGGCCUGCAGGGAGAGAUAUAAAGGCACUCUGACAAGUGUUCUUUCUAAAGUCGACAUGGAUUGGCUGUGGGACUUCAGCGGAAGAAAACCAUUUUGGAUAGGUCUGAAUGACAGGGAGGGCCGAGGACGAUGGGAGUGGGUAGGCGGCGAGCCGGUCAGCUACACUAACUGGAGGAAGACGCCCCCCCGGUCCAAAAUGAAGGGAGGCAAAAAGUGCAUCCUGGUGUGGAAAAGGGCAAAGUGGCAAAUCAGAGACUGCAAGACGAGCAGAGGUCAUCGCUUUGUGUGUUCAGUGAAAACAUGAAUUCAACGGCAGCUACGAACCACUGUGUUGUUUGAGAAGAGCUGCAGGAGGAAGGACUGAUCCUCAGGACAUUUGAACUGCAAUAACUUUCCAAAAUAGACGUGGGGGAACUUUUCUGGAACUCUUCAUAUCAUUUAUAAUGAACGUUUUGACAUUUAUUUUGUCUAGAAAGUAACCUGCAACACUAAGUGACAUUGUUUACACCGCAUUUAUUCAAAUUAACCACUGAAAGUAUUAAAAUAAAUGUCGAGCUCAUGUGUAUUUUAAAAAAAAUGUAUUUAGUGUCUUUCACAUGUCAGAACCGAGGCUGAAUUACCAAAAAGCUCCACACUCACUGUUGGUGUGUGGUUCAGGUGACCUGAGUGCAGCUUCUGCAUCAUUACCUGCAGUGCCUUGAGUUCAAGUUUAGUUUCAAGGUUUUUAUUAUUUUUAUUUAUACUGUGCUUACUAUGUACAUACAUUAACUGUGUAAACCUAACUAACAAGGACUACUGUUUAGUUUCUGUGUCUAGGAGCAAAAAUAAUGUAUAGUGUGCUGUGUGUACUGUACCAAAGGGAAUAUACACAAUGCACAGACAGUGUGCAGACAUUUCUUUGGCCCUGUAAACGAAAAAAAAACAAAAGAACUUUUGUGUAAAUAAUGAAAUAUUUUGUAGAACCAGUUCACUAAUUUCAUUUCAUUUAUAGAGUGUGUACAGCUCCAUUUAAAAAGCUCCACUAUAAUAAUUUGUUUAAAUGAUCUUCACAGUGUUCAUGAGGAGAAUAAAUCAGUGUAUAGGAGAUUCUAAUCUGUGAGGUACCCUAUAAAUGAUCAUAUGUAAUGUACAAUAAUAUGCCACCGUAUAUGAUCAAUAAUCCUGCUCUCACUGGGUAUAAAUCAUGUCUAAUGUUGA